AUCGUCAUCACCACCAAUCAAUCACCACCAUGAAGCCAAUCGUGUCAUCAUUCCAAGCAUACUGUUGUACUAUAUUAUCAGCAUUUGCCAUAGUUAUAUUAUCGGUCAUUGGGUACUUGUUCAAGACAAACAGUGAAUCGUUCAUGGGGUCGAUAAAUGAUCCUGAAGAUGGCGAGGCCGUGGCAUCCACUGUAUUCGGUGCUGUUUUUGUCUACUUGGCAUUCUUUGUAUUCUGUGGAUCACAAGUGUGGUUGAUAAAGAGACAAGGAAGAAUACAACUAUAAUCUAUAACACACAUACACACUCACUCACAUCUAUCUAUAUAUAUAAUUCGUCAAUUCUAUAGAAAAGCAAAUAUACACACGUUUACACU